CACAAUAUUAACAAAAACACAACAUUAAAAAACAUAACGACAUUAACAAAAACACAACAACAUUGACAAAAACACAAACAUUACAUUACAUUAGGGGCGGCUGAAGCUCAGUGAGUAGAGCUGGUGGACCGGUGAUUGGAAGGUCGGUGGUUCGAAUCCCGGCUCCCCUGGGACGGGACUGAGCUACAUCUUGAAGUAUCCUUGAGCAAGAUACUGAACCCCAAAGUUGCUCCUGAUGUGCAGCUGGCCCCUUGUGUUGGCACCAGGGUGUAUCCUGGCCUUUGCCCAUUAAGUAAAGUGGAUUUGGUCCCAGUAAGCCCCACAGUGGCAACAUCCAGCGACCCUCAUGGAUAAGUGGAAAUAAAACGAAAUGGAACAACAACAUUAACAAAAACAAAAUCACAUUAACACAAACACAACGACAUUGACUUCUACCAGAAAAAGUAAGUUGUACCUUCUAUGACUCAGAUCAAUGCUGAUUGGAUGAAAGCACAUCUGUCUGUUUAACAGGUGGGAAAGGCUGCUGUGCGCCACACCAGGUAGUUCACGGCUCGGCUGUAAACAUGGGCACCACCGAAGAAGAUAUCAAGGAUUAUUUUGAUGCGAGACAUACAUUUGAGGUGACAGUUAAUAUGCUGUCAACUUUUCAUAGCAUAACAAUGAGUACGUUGAAGACACGUUGAAGAGAAGCAGGAUUGUGUAACUGCAGUGAAGCCAGCCGUGGUUCGCGUUUGCUUGUGCGUGAAUCUACUGACAUUUACGGUAAUCAUGAUGAAACUGCUCUGAAGAGCUGCUGGUAGUGACUGUGGGUCAGACUGCAGUCUCACAAGAAUCUGCCUUUUAGAUGACUGAUAUACAAUAAUCUACAUCUACAUUAAAGCCGCUGUGAGGCUGUAAUGUACACUUCAGAAAAACAAACAAAGGUGGUGGAAAAAUAAAAACGGAGAGGAAGUGUGUAGACAAUGAACAGGAGUGCACUGAGCAGCCAACCUUGAGAAACUGGGACUGUGAUUGGCUGGAGAUAAACUUGUUUUUUGACCAUGUGUUUGCGUAGACAGCCAGCUGUGUCAUCAGUGUAGACACACACUGUGUACCACCUGUGUUACUGGAGGAUAUCACUACAUGUCACACUGAUCAUUGUAGUUCCUGCUGCUGGUACGUUCACUGCUCCUGUCGCGCUGUCGUACUGGCCCUGCUGUUGGUGUGCGUAUUGCAUCCUACAUGAAGUGUUAAUGCCAGAGGACAUGAACAAACAGGCGCAGGACACGUGGGCUGGCCUUCAUGUGAGCAUUUGUUAAAAACAACUAUAUAAGCAUGGUUGGGCCACAACAGGUGGUGGGCCGAACAGUCCCAGUUGUACCAGAACACACUGUGUGGUGCUGAUCAGGGGAACUUAAAUCCACCUGGAUCAUUUCACUUACAGGGUUCUUAAUACAAUAGUUAGAUAAAACUGGGAAUACAGUAAUGACUUUCCAGUUGUCUGUUAUGUAUGUACAGAAAAGCAACUGAGCAAUUUAUUCUGAGAUUUGCUUGAGUGAACAUACUUUUGAAUUUUCCAUCAGAGACAAGUUGCAAAAAUCAUAUUGUAAUCCUGAAGCUAACUGACAUUACAUUGUACAGAUAACAUUCAAACCAGUUAGGUGUGUGUAUGUCAUGAUGGAUGAACUUUUAUAAUAUUACUCAUGUCUGUUUAUUUGAAUUGUUCAACAGAGAAGGAUGAUCUGAGGAUCCUGCUCCUGGGAAAGACAGGAUAUGGGAAGAGUUCGUCUGCAAACACCAUCCUCAGGCGUGAAGCGUUUCACGCUGAUAGGUCUCCUUCAUCUGUGACAACAAGGUGCCAGAGGGCCUCCAGAGAGUGUGACGGACAAACUCUUGAGAUUGUCGAUACUCCAGGUCUGUUUCACACAGACAAAGGUCUCAAAGAGGUGAUGACAGAGAUCGCUGAUUGCUUCACAUUGAUCUCUCCUGGUCCUCAUGUGUUCCUGCUGGUUCUGAGGCUCGGUACCUUUUCCAAAGGAGAUCAAAAAUGUCUGGAAACCUUCCAGAAGACCUUCAAAGAUUCAAAACGUUACACAAUUGUCCUGUUCACCCACGGAGAUCAGUGUGAGGAAGGAGCUGACAAUUUUAUCGAAAAACAUAAAGACCUGAAAAGGUUCAUGGAGGAGUCCUGUGAGGCGCACCACGUCUUUAACAACAGAGUCGAGGAUGAGUCUCAGGUUAACGGCCUGCUGCAGAAGAUCAACCACGUGGUCCAGAACAACGGAAGAAGCUGCUACAGCAACGACCUGAUCCAACAGAUUGAGUCCGUCCUUACAGAAGUCAGCCAGCUCCCUGAGGUGACCUCAGCAAGUGAUCCUGCACAGGCAUCAAUGGAUUUCAUUUUAAAGUACAUACCAGAAUACAUUUCUGAAAACAUGUCAGACAUGUUAAAAAAAUACCUCCCUAAGGUGGUUGGAGAUAGGGUUGGGGGCGCAGUGGACGGACAAGCUUAUAAAGCUGUGACAAGCUACCUUAACCUUCUGAAUAAGUUUGUGUAUGACCUCAUGCCAGAUGCAGCUAAGAACUACUCCUCACAGCUGAGGAUCGUACUCAUCGGGAAGGUUGGAGCUGGGAAGACUUCGGUCAUGAACACCUUCCUGAGGAGCUCCGAGGAAAAUGAGAAACCUGUUUCUUGCGGGACAGAACCACAUCAAGUCCAGAUCGCAGGACGAUCUGUGGUCCUUGUCGACACUCCUGGUCUGUGCAGCACAGAACAAACAGAUGAGGAGGUGAUGAAGGAGAUCGAGCGUCGUGUCUCCCUCGCUGUUCCUGGACCUCAUGUGUUCCUGUUUGUCCUCAACUGUCUGGACAGAUUUACAGAAGAAGAACAGGACAUGGUGAAGAUGAUCAAGACGACGUUUGGAGAACACGUUACAGAUUACACUGUGGUUCUGUUCACGUGUGGAGACGAACUGAAGAGAGAUGGAAAACUGAUAGAAGACUUCAUUAAGGACAGCAGAGCUCUCAGAGGCUUUGUUGGUGAAUGUAAAGGGGGACACCAUGUGUUUGAUAACAGAAACCAGGAUCCAUCUCAAGUCACAGAGCUGCUGCAGAAGAUCAGCAUCAUGGUUCAGACUAACGGAGGAAAGUGCUACACUGCUGACAGCAAAGACAAAGAUGAUGGUUCUGGACUUCAAGUCCGUCAACAGAACUGCACCGUCUUCCUCCAAACCCUGGUCAGACCACACGGCCCAGAGAGCACUGCACUCUUCUACAUCAGCGGGCCGGCUGAGGAUGAUCUGAGGAUCCUGCUCCUGGGAGGAACCGGAGUUGGGAAGAGUUCGUCUGCAAACACCAUCCUCAGGCGUGAAGCGUUUCACGCUGAUAGGUCUCCUUCAUCUGUGACAACAAGGUGCCAGAGGGCCUCCAGAGAGUGUGACGGACAAACUCUUGAGAUUGUCGAUACUCCAGGUCUGUUUCACACAGACAAAGGUCUCAGAGAGCUGAUGACAGAGAUCACAGGUUGCAUCAGAUGGAUCUCUCCUGGUCCUCAUGUGUUCCUGCUGGUUCUGAGGCUCGGUACCUUCUCAAGACAAGAUCAAAAAUGUCUGGAAACCUUCCAGAAAGUCUUCAAAGAUGCAAAACGAUACACGAUUGUCUUGUUCACCCACGGAGAUCAGUGUGAGGAAGGAUGUGAUGCUUUCAUCAAACGCCAUAAAGAUCUGAAAAGGUUCAUGGAGGAGUCCUGUGAGGCGCACCACGUCUUUAACAACAGAGUCGAGGAUGAGUCUCAGGUUAACGGCCUGCUGCAGAAGAUCAACCACGUGGUCCAGAACAACGGAAGAAGCUGCUACAGCAACGACCUGAUCCAACAGAUUGAGUCCGUCCUUACAGAAGUCAGGCAGCUCCCUGAGGUGACCUCAGCAGUUGAUCCUGCACAGGCAGCAACAGAGUACCUGGAGGGCUGGAUCUGUAAGGGUCUAGUUACUGUGAUGGAACAAGCUCCAGACUCCUCACAGCUGAGGAUCGUACUCAUCGGGAAGGUUGGAGCUGGGAAGACUUCGGUCGUGAACACCUUCCUGAGGAGCUCCGAGGAAAAUGAGAAACCUGUUUCUUGCGGGACAGAACCACAUCAAGUCCAGAUCGCAGGACGAUCUGUGGUCCUUGUCGACACUCCUGGUCUGUGCAGCACAGAACAAACAGAUGAGGAGGUGAUGAAGGAGAUCGAGCGUCGUGUCUCCCUCGCUGUUCCUGGACCUCAUGUGUUCCUGUUUGUCCUCAACUGUCUGGACAGAUUUACAGAAGAAGAACAGGACAUGGUGAAGAUGAUCAAGACGACGUUUGGAGAACACGUUACAGAUUACACUGUGGUUCUGUUCACGUGUGGAGACGAACUGAAGAGAGAUGGAAAACUGAUAGAAGACUUCAUUAAGGACAGCAGAGCUCUCAGAGGCUUUGUUGGUGAAUGUAAAGGGGGACACCAUGUGUUUGAUAACAGAAACCAGGAUCCAUCUCAAGUCACAGAGCUGCUGCAGAAGAUCAGCGUCAUGGUUCAGACUAACGGAGGAAAGUGCUACACUGCUGAAAUCCUACGUGAGGCUGAGAAAGAAGGGAAAACGUUGGGGGUCAGGAAGAGAAUCGCUCUGAGUGUUAACGGCUCGGCUCUGGUGGGAGCAGCUCUCGGAGGAGUCGUGUCGCACUUCGUCGGGAGCUCGGUCGGAGUUCCAGCAGGAGUUGCAGCGGGCGGAGCAGUCGGAGGUGUCCUGGGAGGCGUAGGCAUCGUUACAGCUGAACACAUUCGAGCUAAAACAUGCAACAUACAGUGAACCGUCAUCAAAGGG